AUGACCUUACUCCUGCAGCUGCUGCUGGGCCUCAGCCUGGGCUGCACCGGAGCAGGUGGCUUUGUGGCUCAUGUGGAAAGUCAAUGUCUGUUGGAUGAUGAGGGGACGCCAAAGGAUUUUACAUAUUGUGUCUCCUUCAACAAGGAUCUGCUGACCUGCUGGGACCCAGAUGAGGAUAAGAUGGUCCCUUGUGAAUUUGGGGUGCUAAACGGCUUGGCCAAAUACCUCUCUUAUUACCUCAAUCAACAGGAGAACUUACUCCAGCGCUUGAGGAAUGGGCUCCAGGACUGUGCCACCCACACACAGCCCUACUGGAAAUCACUGACCCACAGAACACGGGCGCCGUCUGUGAAAGUGGCCCCAGUCACUCCUUUCAAUACGAGGGAGCCUGUGAUGCUGGCCUGCUACGUGUGGGACUUUUAUCCAGCAGAGGUGGCUAUCUCCUGGAGGAAGAAUGGAAAUCCGAUCUCAUCCCACAGCCAUGCCCAGAAGACUGCCCAACCCAAUGGCGACUGGACAUACCAGACUGUCUCUCAUUUAGCUUUGACCCCCUAUUUUGGGGACACUUAUACCUGUGUGGUGGAACAUAUUGGAGCUUCUCUCCCCAUCCUUGAGGACUGGACACCUGGACUGUCCCCAGUGCAGAUAGUGAAGGUUUCCGUGUCUGCAGUGACUCUAGGCCUGGGCCUUAUAAUCUUCUUUAUUGGUUUGGUCAGCUGGAGGAAAUCUGGACCGUCUGGUUACACUUUCCUCCCUGGGUCCAAUUAUCCAGAAGGUCGGCAUAUUUCCUAA